GCUAUGGAGUUGCGUUGAGUAACCCUGAGGUAGUGGGACGCGGAGGCUGGAGCAAGCGACUGUGGGGAACAAUCCCUGAACCCAAAGGAAUGAAUCCCUAAUGGUGGAGUUUCAGGCAUCAGUGAUAGGCUGAACCUGGACUCCCAGGGCACAUGCUUGCACCUGAUGAAUGAUGGCCUGAACUAUGAGCAAACGGGACUAUAUGAACACUUCGGUGCAGGAACCCCCUCUUGACUAUUCCUUCAGAAGCAUCCAUGUCAUCCAAGAUCUAGUGAAUGAGGAGCCAAGGACAGGGCUACGACCACUGAAGCACUCAAAAUCAGGGAAGUCACUGACCCAGUCUUUGUGGCUGAACAACAAUGUCCUCAAUGAACUGAGAGACUUCAACCAGGUGGUUUCACAGCUGCUGGCACACCCAGAGAACCUGGCCUGGAUUGACCUGUCCUUCAAUGACCUGACUUCCAUUGACCCUGUCCUAACAACUUUCUUCAAUCUGAGUGUCCUCUAUCUUCAUGGCAACAGCAUCCAGCGCCUAGGGGAGGUGAAUAAGCUGGCUGUUCUCCCUCGGCUCCGGAGCCUGACACUUCAUGGGAACCCCAUAGAGGAAGAGAAGGGGUAUAGGUCAGAUCCUGAUGCGGCUGGUGGAGGAGAAGGCCCCUGCUUGUGUGCUGGGCUGGGCACCUACUGCGGAUACUCCACAUUGCUUAUCGCCCGUGUCCUGCCCCCUGGGAGUCGCAUUCUCACUGUGGAACGGGACCCACACACAGCAGCAGUGGCUGAAAAACUCAUCCGCCUUGCUGGCUUCGACGAGCGCACGGUGGAGCUCAUCAUGGGCAACUCAGAGGAAGUGAUCCCAAGCCUACGAACCCAGCACCAGCUGAGUCAGGCAGACCUGGUACUCCUGGCACACCGGCCCCGAUGUUAUCUGCGGGAUCUACAGCUGCUGGAGGCCCAUGCUCUGCUGCCUCCCGGUGCCACUGUGCUGGCUGACCAUGUUCUCUUCCCCGGUGCACCCCGCUUCCUGCAGUACGCCAAGAGCUGUGGCCGCUACCGCUGCCGCCUCCACCACACUGGCCUCCCAGACUUCCCUGCCAUCAAGGACAGUAUAGCCCAGCUCAUCUAUGCCGGACCUGGCUGAGGUCCAGGCCCAGGAGUACUAACUGAUGCCCCCCUACCCCCA